AUGGCGCUGGAGCUGCAGAUGGAGCUUGCGGCCCAACAUUGUUUGGGCCUGAAGGAGCUGGGAAGGGACCUGGCACUGUUGGUCCCACCUGAGCUGGAGAAGCAGGUCUGCACCGACUUGAAUGAGGACCAGCUGAGGAAGGACCAUGAAUGGAUGAUGAGAGGCUUGCUGGAGUUCCCAGCCUUCCAAGAGAGAUGCCCAUCCAAGUUUGAAGCCGCGGAAAUCCUCAAGAGCUUGAAUGGUCAUUUCAAGGCGCAACGUUGUGCGCUGCUUGUACUUUCUCGUGAGUUUUGUGACCAGCGAACCAAGGCUCGCUCACUUGAGGAUUCGCAAGCGAGCCUGGAGGCUUGCGACAGCUCGGCGCUGGGUGCUGACGAUGAUGCUGAGCAGGAUGAGCCUGGUGAUCCGUUGCCUGAUGCUGCGGUUGGUGAUGACGGCUCCGAUGAGUUGUCUGCUAUGUUGGUUACGCCAGCAGAGGAGGAGGACAGUGCAAGGCCAGGUGUGGCCGAAGGCCAUGAGUCAGAGGAUGCAAAUGACUUCGUGGCCGACGUUGAAGAGUCCUCAACCUCUGACUCUGAUGGUGCUGAUGAUGAUGGAGAUGAGAUCUGGGAUAAGCGUAUCUUGAAGCCAACAAGUUCCGUGGACAGCGAGGAGACCUUGAUCCUUGGACAGACGCGGCCCGAGGACUUGGCAGCUGUUCUGCCGGACUUGGUUGAUGAGUUCGAUGAGCGGAUGCGUGAGCGCCAGCAGAAGAAGAAGAAGAACAAGGCUUCUUCGUCUUCGAAACCCAAGAAGAUCGAGAAUGAGAAGCCUGCUGGGAUAAAGCGGAAGCGUGCUUUUGAGGAGGCGCCACGCGAGUUCAGAGAUGAGCGCGACGUGGAUGAUGGUGAUGAAGAUGAAGGGGCCAAAGCGAUCCUGGAUACCUUUGACGUGGCCUACCGGCCCGCCAUUCUGAGCCUUCCCACGCACUUGCGGAUCUCCUGGAAGAACCAGCCCAUGGAUCAAGCUUUUGGUAUGUUGAUGAACAAAAUCAACGGCCCGAAGGCUACACUGAUCUAUUCGAACUACAAGUUCAUCAAGGAGUUGUAUGUGCCACUUCCCGACAACAUCGAGUGGUCCAAGGAGAUUACUACGAAGCAUCCUGAAUGUACAUGCAACCAUGGAUUCAGUAACCGAGUGUUUCCAACUGUUGUUUGA